CGUCGCGUGCUGGUCGUCGCCGGGAUACGUUUGUGGUACCGUGUCCGCGAUGUUGCUGCGAGCGUGAGGGAGAUACAGCGCGCAGGGGACGAAGGAAAAACGCGCUUCCAUCGGGGAUUACUAUGCGAUCCUACGCAACGAAUAUUCUCGUGGUGAAUCGGAGCUGAGAGGAUGCACAGUGCUGCGAGUCCCCCCGCGACGAACUGAGCGUUUCGGUGGACGUUCUCGCGGCGUUAAAAACACCCGCGAGUCACGCAGAGGGCAGUGAAUAUAUAAAACCGUGUUGUGCGUGGCGGAGGAUCGAAACGGUGGAGGAAAAAUGAGGGCCUCGUUGCUGUUGCUGGGAGGCAUCGUUGUGCUCUCGAUCGCGGUCGCGAGGGCUCUUUCGUGUGUGUGCUCGCACCUCGAGUGCGACAUUCUCACCGACGAGGAUUGCCCCGGGGGCCUCACCUUGGACCCCUGCAAAUGCUGCAGGGUGUGCGCACGUGUCGAGGGUGAGCCGUGCGGCGGGCUGUUCGGUUUCUCCGGAAGCUGCGCCGACGAUCUGCAAUGCGUGAUCAAGAAUCUGCUGCCCAAUGCCAGGGAGGUCGACGAGGGGAUAUGCACAAAGAUUCCGGGCAGAUCGAGGAGGCAUUGUCCGCGCGGGCCGAUAAUGUCGGAACCGGGAUGCAACUUGGUUUCUGAAGCAAUCACCGGAGAGAACGGAAAUACUUUGUCGACCGGAAAAUGCGUUUGCGGACCGUCGGUGCCUUGGUGUCCGGACGAGCCACGGCCUUACGUUUACGCGACGCGACACGAGUGCAAGCUCAAUUUGGCCGCCAAAACCGGUUACGAUGACCUCUUUAGUUCCGGAGACACGGCCGCCGACGACACCGAAGGAGACGCGAGUGGCGCCGAGUGUCCGGAGGACAGCGUCCGAGACGAGAACGGCGGUUGCAAAUGCGCGACCGGAUGUCCUCCAGCGGUCUGCCCGGAGGGUCAACGCCCCGUUCAAGUGAAGGCUGCGGAUCCCCAGACUCCCGGUAGCUGUUGCGCCCGCUACGAUUGCGUACCCUCAGACUCCCGAGGCAUCGACCCGUGUCCCGAAAACAGCGCGUUAACGGAAGAUGGAAAGUGCGAAUGCGCUCCCUGUUCACCAGCCAGCUGUCCGGCCGGUUAUCGUCCCGUUCAGGUGACGGACGACCUCGAUCGCGAGACACCCGGUAGCUGUUGCCCUCUCUACGACUGCAGACCCUCAGAGUCUGUGUUGUGGGUAAAGAUGGCGACAGAGGACACGAAAUCGACGAAACAUUGCAUCUACGAGGACAAAGCGAAGAAGGUGGGCGAACAAUGGCAGCAGUCGGACUGCGUGACCUGCGUCUGCGAGGAGGAGGGAGUGUCCUGUCAGGAACCGAUGUGUAAGUCCUGCGAAAACGCCAUUCCUCCGAAUCCGGGCGAGUGUUGCCCCCACUGUCCCAUACCGACGAAUGCAACGAUCGAGGAGCUCGAACCGCCUUGCCGAAAUUCUUUAGAAAACUGCGACUUGACAUGCGAUCAUGGAUACGUGAACGACGAGAACAAUUGUCCCAUCUGCAGCUGCAUCGUGCAAAAGGAGAACGACGACUCCGUGGUAGUGCAUCCACCAGCGGACGUCGAUAAAGUUUGCCCAGAGCUGCCGCAUUGUGGACUCAAUUGCGACCUCGUGAAGGACGAGGGGGGAUGCUCUGUGUGCGCUUGUCAGACACCACAGACCUUCGAGGAGCCCACCAACGACAGCGUCGUGAUCGACGCGACCGGAAAGAAGAUUUGCCCGGAGGUCAAGUGCGACUUGCACUGCGAGCGCGGUCUGGUCAUGGACGAGAACGAUUGCACGUUUUGCAAGUGCAGGGCGCCCAACACCAACUGUCCGCCCCUGGAGGGAUGCAGAAAACGAUGCACCUUUGGCUACAAAACGAACAAACGCGGCUGUUCCGUAUGUCGUUGUCGAGCCUCCUGCACCGAUCACCUGAACGGAACGCAUCCGGAAGGAUCGACUUGGCAACCGAACGCGUGCACCACGUGCACCUGCGAGGCCGGAGGAAGACUCGGCUGCAGAGAAACCAUCUGCUCGGUAGCCUGUUGCAACCCGUUGCCUCCGAAGCCAGGAACCUGUUGUCCAAUCUGUCCAAUUACGGAUUCGAAGGAGAACGAGACUGGCGGCCACCAAGGUAGCAGAAGCAUGGGCACGGUAUCGAUCACGUUGAUCGUCAUACUAUCGGUGCUCUGUUUGGCGUUGAUCGUCGACAUAGUCCGCAGUCGAUUCCGCGGACGACUGUCGCCGUCGGAGACGUCGUUCGCGUCGUAUCCGUCGCAGUACUACAAAUACGUGCCCGCGUACGACACGCCGAUGCAUCGAAACGAGAAAAUCGUACCCCUGUAAAAGACUGUAAAAAGAAACAAAAAAAAAACAAAAAACAGAGAAAACCAAUUCCGAGAGAAAUUACGAAAAAGUCCUGGA